UUGAUCGAAUUCUUAAGAAAGCCCCUGUUAAAUAACACCCUUACAGAAUCCCCCGGGUCAGCAGCUCCUAAUAGAAAUAUAACAGAGUGUUAAUUUUGUGAGUGACUCAAGCGGACCGGCGCACAGAAAAUCAGCAGGCGAUCAAAACUCGAGUGUAAACUAGAGCAUACACACGCACACAAACACGUGCAUACGCAGAGAUGAGCCAAAGCCUGAGAUAAGCCGUCAGCCGUGCGUGUGUGUGUUCGCUGUACAUUUUUCGUCUUGCGCUCACGCGCUCACGACUUUUUUCGCUGCUGAUCGCUGAUUGGUCCAAUCAAUAGCUGCUGGCAGCGAAGUUCUCGUCUGCUUGCUCGAGUGUUUUUUUUUUUUGUGAGCGACGCUUUUGUGGAUCUGCGCAACUUUAGUCUGAGUCAGUGUGGCCCUAUUAGUCAACAGGGCAUGGUGUUGUUUAGCUGCGCGCGCGUUAAUCUAUUGAGCCCGUUAUUGUUUUGUGAAUGCGAUGCAUUAGUAGAUAAGGCCCUAGCACGCAAAUACACAUACGCACGUGCAUAUUCGGCGAUUCCCUCUGCAUAGUUAUGUAUGUUUGGGUAAGUGUUUUUUGCAAUUGACAAUUACUUAUGCUUGCUUGUGUAUAAUUGCCUGUGCGUUAUUUACCUUUGAACGUCGCUUACUCGAGUUGCUGUGCGCCGACUUUUGUCCACUUUGCGUGAUUUUGUCUAAGUUAAACGGCACCAGUCGAGUAAAGCUGUUUUAAAAGAAUUAUAAGUGCAAAUUUUCAAGCAAAUGCCAUUCAUAUCUCUAAUUGCGGAAGUAAUAAAAGCCAACGAAAAAACCGUCAAAUUAAAAUCUGAAGAAGCCCAUCGAAUGUUAAAGUGUUUAUUUUAUUGUAAUUUUCUCCUUACCUAGCAAAAAAGUCAUGGGAGCGCGAUGAACAAGAAGAUAAGAAAAUAAUACAAGCAUACACAUACGCAUGCACAUAUUUGACGAUUCUCGCUGCAUACAUAUGUUUGUGUGUAUGUUCGCGCAAUUGAUAUCUAUUUAUGUGUGCUUGUGCGUUAUCUACCUUUGAGCAGACUCCCGCUUACUCCAGUUGCUGUGCGCCGACUUUUAUCUACUCUGCGUCCGCGCAAGAUGAUUCUGUUUUAGUUAAACGGCAGCAGUCGAGUGAAUGUAAGUAAAAAUUCUCAUGGUGUACGUUACGGAUCGGAAGUAUUAAUAUGCAUUAAAAAAAUUAUAAUAUCAAAGUUUAAAGAAGUGCAUCGAUUUUAUAGACUUUCAUAAAUGUUAAUUUUUUGCUCACUUCUGAGAGCACUAUGAAAAAGAAGAUGAGAAGAUAAUGCAAAUAUACACAGACAACUGUGUGUACAUAUUUGGCAAUUCGCUCUUCAGACAUAUGCUUGUGUGUGUGCUCUCGCAAUUGAUAUCUACUUAUGCUUGGAUGUGUCGUUAUCUACCUUUGAUCGGCGCUUACUCGAGUUGCUGUGCGCCGACUUUUGUCCGCAUGAUUCUGCUUUAGUUAAACGGCAGCAGUCGAGUCGAGUAAAUCUGUUUUAAAAGAGUUAUAAGUGAAAAUUCUCAAGUAAAGGCCAGCCGUAUGUCUAAUGGUCUGGCUAAUUUCGGACUCAAGAAUGUUCAAGUGAUUAUUUAAUUGUAAUUUCGCAAUAUCAGAAGGAAAUGCACAAGCAAUCAUAUACACAUACAUACAUAUGCAAGUACAUAUUUGGACUUGUAAGAGUGAAAAGUCUAAGUAGCCAUUAAAAAGAGUCGUAUUCUAAAGUUUAACAAAAGUGAAUUCAAAAUGCGAAGAAGUCCACCGAUUUUAUAGACUUUUCAAUUUUAAAGUGCUUGUUUUAUUGUAAUUAGUCUCCUUUGCAAAAAUUUCGUGAGAAUGCGAGCAGAUAAUGCACAAGCAAUCAUAUAUACAUACAUUUGUACGUACACAUUUGGCGAUUCUCUCUCUUCUUCUUCUUCUUCUGCAUAUGUGCGAGUGUGUGUUCUUGCAAUUCAUGUCUACCUAUGCAUGCUUGUGUGUGCUUUCCUAUGCGUUAUCUAGCUCUGAACGCCGCUUGCUCGAGUUUCUGUGCGCCGACUUUUGUUCACUUUGCGUCCGCGCAACAGGCUUCUGUGUAAAGCUGUUUUAAUAAAAUUACAAGUGCAAAUUAUCAAGUAAAUUCCAAUCGGGUCGGAAGUAUUAAUAGCCGUAGAAACUCGUAAAACCAAAAGCUAAAGAAGUCCAUCGAGUGGUUCUUUAAUAAUUUACAAUCAAUUAUAUACACAUGUGAUGUGUGUACACCUUUUUACUUGUACGUCUCGGAAGUAUUAAAAGCCAUAAAAAAUUGUAUUCUAAGGUUUGACGAAAAUGCAAUCGUAAAUUAAAGAAGUCCAUCGAUUUUAUAGACUUUCACAAAUGUUUAAGUGCUUAUUUUAUCAUAUUUUCCCCUUCGUAAAAAAUUCGUGAGAGUGUGAGAAGAUAAUGCACAGCCGCACAUAUAAACAUACGUACAUACAUACAUACGUAUGCAUACAUUUGCUGAUUCUCUCUUCUUUCUCAUAUCUUUGUGUGUGUGUGUUUUUGCAAUUCAUGUCCACUUAUGCUUGCUUGUGCGUGAACUCACUCGAGUUUGUGGAUUGCUUGCUCAGUUUUCUGUGCGCCGGUAGUUGAGUGAAACUCUUUGAUAAUGUUAAAAGGCAGAAUUCUUGAGUUAACAUCGUUCGCAUCGGGAUUAUCAAUUCGCAUGUUAUAAAAUCGCCUUCUGAGGUGACAUCAAAGUGGUUGCUUAAUUAUUUCGGUUCAGAAAUUAACAUAAAACUCUAACUCUAAAAAAACGUACUCAAUUUUCUUCCAAAUUGGAACUUUGCUUUCUAUCUGCGUCGAUCAAACCAACAUUUUAUAGACUUUCGUCGAUUUCAAAGACUCUCCAAUCCUAAAAGCUAAAUCUGCCGGGAGGAGGAAAACAUUCCCUAACGUUGGUACCCGGAUGACUUUGAUUAUUUCAUGCAAUGGAUAUACUUUAUAUAAAAUCGUAUUUAAAUUUUGACUAAAAUGGCAAUGGUUAUAACAAAAUUGUUGCCAAUUUGUGUGGAAUUUAAAGACUCGCGAAUCCUUAAAGCCAAGUCUGCCGACGUUCAUGGACAAGAUCGGAGGAAACAGUUUACGCUUAUCUAUUCCAUCUUCUCGGGGCCUAAUGUGGUACUGUGUUUUCUGAUCAAUCGUUUUCUGCUCGGAAUUCGUCUGGGCACGAUUAUCUAUAUGCUCAUCCUGCUGGUGGAUCAGCUAAUCUUUGCCAGCGGCGCCAUUAUCGACACCUUCUGGCUAAUAAUACUCGCCGAAUCGCUGGCCAUCGCCCAGCCCCUCUGGCUUAAGGCCAAGGAACGUUUUAUUGGACAUGGACAACAUUUAAUCAGCAAAUGAUCGAUAAUAAUGGUACCUAGUUGACCAAUAUAUAUCCUUGGUUAUUCCAUAUCAUGGAUGUAGUCUUAGCGAACCUAAAGGACCAAGUUCUCGCAAAACGGGGUCCAAAAAUAUGUAUGCUCUUCUUUUACAGCCGCCCGCAGCAACAGUCCCGCUCCCUGGAUGGUUUCUAGUUGACUAGCAUAUCCUUGGUUAUACCAUACCAUCGAUAUAGUCCUUUGGAACCUAAAGGAUCUGAUCACUGCAAAAUUUGCAUUGAAAUGGUCCAAAAAUAUGUAUGCUUUUUCUUUCAGGAGCCCUUUUUCAUUAGCUUCAGCUGCAGCUGUUGUUUAACAGCCGGCUUACAGUGCUCAUUUAACAGAAAAUGCUACUUAACAGCACUCAUUUUAAUUGAGUUACAUUUUUGCCCCUUUAUGCUAUGCAAUGAAAAUUUUUAUUCAAACCACUCAUCGACCUUCUGGGCAUUUAUGUUCGCCUGGUAUCUGAGUGGAAUUUUAGGGCAAAUUUGGGGCGAAGCCGCUGACCAGGGCGCCCCGUGAGGGUAUGCAAUGAUUUUUUUUUUCGGCCGCAAAAAUAUUGUGCAUCGACCUUCUGGGCAUUUCUGUUCGCCUGGUAUUUUUCGGAAAUUUUAAGAAAAAUCUCGGCAGCCAGCGGUUGCCAGCAGAUGCCCCUGGGGGUAUGCAAUGGAUUUUAAUCAAAAAACGGGA